AUGUAUAUUGGUGCUGUUAAUUUGCAACAAGGCAGUUGCCAUGGUCCUGUGGGCGACGUAGCAGUGGGCUAUGUAAAACGUCGUCGUAUAGGUAAUACAGAAAAGUUCACAACGAUUGUUUCCUAUGCUUACGGUACUAAAGCAAUCAAAGCCGAUGCCAACGACUGUAUGCUAAGAAUCUUAACGAAUCCAACUGGUUUAAAACUACUUUGGCAACCUGGUAAAGAAGGGCAGGUGCCAAAAAAUGCCGUUGGGUAUUCAUAUCUCGAUGAUGAAACUUCACGUGUAGUUCAUAUUGCACGUACAACCGAUAGUAAAAUUAUUGGUAAAAUGCAUCCACAUCAACGAUGUUUAUAUUUUCCAAAUUUUGAAAAAAAUAUCGAAGAAAAAAGAAGUGAAUACGAAAUAUUAUGUGUUGCUGAUGAAUAA